AUGAACCCGCUUCGAAUUCUACUCUUGGGUGCACCAGGCUCAGGCAAGGGCACACAGACGUCGAGGUUGUUAAAGCGGUUUACCCAAUUACAAUCGUUGUCUUCUGGUGAUAUCUUGCGAAACCAAAUACGUCUGGGGUCAGCAAUUGGCGGGGAAGCACAGACGUAUAUAAAAAAUGGGUCGUUGGUCCCUGACAAUAUAAUGGUUGGUCUUAUUACUGCAGAGUUGGAAAAGAAAAAGUGGUUAACCCAAAGUUCUAGCUGGUUAUUGGAUGGGUUUCCUAGGACUGUCAACCAAGCAAGGGAGUUGGAUCGUGUGAUUCACGAUCGUGCUAAUUUUAAUUUGGUGGUUGAGUUGGAUGUUGACCAGAAAGUUAUUUUACAGCGAAUUGAGGCCAGAUGGAUCCAUGAGGCUAGUGGGAGAGUGUACAAUUUAGACUAUAACCCGCCAAAAGUGCCAUUCAAAGAUGACGUUACGGGCGAGGCAUUGACCAAACGCCAAGACGAUACUGCACAAGUGUUUCAAAAACGGUUGGACCAGUAUAAUGAGGAGAUUGAGCCUCUCAAAGUGUUUUACAAGCAGCAAGGGUUGUUGUAUACAGUUAGUGGCGACACUUCUGAUAUAAUCUACCCCAAGUUGGAGAAUUUAAUAGUAGAUAAAAUUAUGUAG